ACAGAGACCAAAUAAUAGCAGGGACAGCAACUGAAGAAAUUCUACACCAUGCUCAAAUUAAUUGUAAAGAGCGCGUUCCUCUUUGCCGUGCUGUGUUCGGUCGAGGGGAGGCGCGGACGGCGCGGACGGCGCGGACCGCGAAAGUGGAUGGAGGAGCCCAACAAUCAAACAGUUCCUACGGACCCACCUUUCCCCGCGGGUGUGAAUGUGAAUGAUAUAGUGUACCGCAAUUUCGUGACGAAACCUAAAGUUCACCGAGCGGGUCGAACUAUUGUUAUGAGGACUAAGUUUUCUUUUAAUAGCUGGCCAGAAGGGGCAACAUCCAUGUAUUGCGCGAUGCGCAAUUACAAUACAACCUCUGAUUUAACCACGUUUGCGGUGAUCAAUCAAGAUCUUUCCUAUGAAACCUCCGGGCCACUGUGGCGGCCUUCAAGCUUUGGGAUUUCGAUGGCCGUCCAACCUGAUCGAGUGGAGUGGUCAUUUGACCAAAGUGGAAAAGAUCUCGUUGUUGGGAAGACAUUUAAUCUUCUCGGAAGGUUGAGGCUGAACCGUCAUGCCACUGCGAAACAGUAUGUCUGGCGAUCUUACUGUGAGACAAAGCAGCCUCCAGGGAGAAAAAGUUGGUAUUAUUUCAAAAGCUGGAUGGAGGUGAGCAUGAGACCGGCGAGGCGAAAGUAGGAUAUGGCAUUUAUUUGUGCUCGGCACUAUUCUUCUGCUCGACCUUUAUCUUCUGAUGAGUCUGUCGGACGGAAUACAUUAAUUAAUUUAUGCUACAAGGAGUUUCCACUCAUACGAUGGUUUGAAAAGAGGAUAACGGAUUAGCACAAGAACAAGGAAAUAAGACUGCCUGGUGAAAAACGCAAAAAGCGAGUUACAAAGAAAGAAAAAAACCUAGAAA